AUGGUCACCGCUGCAACCGACUGGAGCAAGCUCAAGGUGGUCGACCUCAAGGCUGAGCUCAAGAAACGCGGCCUCUCUGUUGCCGGCCGCAAAGAGGAGCUCGUCCAUCGGCUCUCGGAGCAUGAUUCCGCGACUGAAGACGCAGAGCCGGCUCUUGUGGAAGAACCCGAGACGGCCCCCUCCACCCAGACGGUGGACGACGGCCCUCACUUCGACCGUGGCUCUGCUUCUGUCGAGGCUGCAUCUCCGGAUGCCCAGAAGCGAAAGCGGCGGUCCACCAGCCCGCCUCUAGCGACGCACGGCGAAGACGGCUCGACCGACAGCAAGCGUCAGCGCGUCGACGAGAGCGUGGAGGAGCCCGUGGCGGACGAGAAAGCAGAGGAGAUGCCGGCGAUGAAGCCGGAAUCACCAACACCAGCAGCAGAUGCUGUCGAGCCAGAGCCGCUGGUCGAGGCCGCGAGCCCCUUGCACGAUGUGGACAUGGACUACGCGGGCACCACCGAUGACGGUGACGUCGUGGUCUCUCCGGCCAUCCACCCGGCCACGCCAGCCCUGUACAUCAACAACUUUAUGCGGCCGCUGCGGCCGGCCGCGCUGGACGAGCAUCUGAUCUACCUGGCAGCGUCGCCGGCUGCGCGUCGAAGCAGCGCGACGCCGGACCCGUCUGUGCUCGUGAGCUCGUACCUGGACGCCAUCCGGACGCACGCCUUUGUCGUCCUGAGCAGCGCCACGGCUGCUGCCCGCGUGCGCAGCGCCCUGCACGGCCGCGUCUGGCCCGACGACAGCAACCGCCGGCCGCUCUGGGUCGACUUUGUCCCGCCGGCGUCAGUGCCGGGCUGGAUCGAGCAGGAGACGUCCGGUGGCGACACGCGCAGCACGCUGCAGAAGUGGGAGGUCACCUACACCGAGCUCGACGAUGGCAGCGUGACCACGACGCUGCAGGUGCUCGCUGGCUUCGACAAUGCUCCCAAGGGACCCCGGGCUGCCGGUGGCGCCAAUCCACGCGGCGGCAGCGGUGCUGGUGGCGGCCGCUACCACCUGGACGCCGUGCGAACCACACAGGCACGGCCGCGGCUCGAGUACCAGACGGCGCAUCCCGAUCUCGCCCAACGGCGGCUAGACAACAUACAAGCCCUGGAAGGGCCCCAGGAGACGUCUGCCGGCGCUGCUGGUGCCGCGCGUGGCGACUACUCGAAAAACAACAACCGGUACACGUUUGAAGACAGCGCCCGAUUGGUGGACCGAGGACCAGAGAUGUUUGACGGCAUCCGGCCGCCACAUCGCGAGCGGGAGCGCCAAAUGGCGCAGGGAGGCGGAGGUAGAGGCGGCUAUCGUGGGAGAGGAGGCGGUGGUGGUAGGCGGCCGCGAUACGAUGAUUACGAUUACCGGCCGCCGCCACGAGACGAUCGAGAUGGCCACUAUGGAGGUUACCGGGAUCGAUGGUGA